AUGUUCUGCAUCUUCGUAUAUCUUUGUCUUGAGAUUAUAUUGAAGUGGAUUUUCUUCUGGGUCAAACCUGACAUAAUUUUCGGUCGGAUUUACCCAGGAUCGCAUUGUGCUCCAUCGCUGCUGAUAGGACUUAUCAAUAUGUUCAUGUUCAAAGAUCGUCUGGAAGGAUUUGUGCAGAUGGAUAAGCCAAUAAAUGCUGCAAAUAAUGAGUACAUGGAAAUAGACCAAUGCCAUCUCACACAAUGGUAUCCCGGGCAGAGCCUGAUUGAGGCUCUUCUUGUGAUAAUUGCCGUUAUCUGUGUACCAGUUAUGUUGUUCGGCAAGCCAAUCCACUUCAUGAUGGAACAGAAAAAAAGAAAGAGAACAAUAGGCAGCAAUAUCUCUGUCCGCGCCAAUGUUGUGUCUGACGAUUCGGAAAUUAUCAUCAACGGAAGCAAAAAGAAUGGAGAGCCUGAACAGGCUGCUGGAGGUGGAGGUGGUCAUGGUCAUGAGGAGGAGUCUUUCGGUGAUAUUAUGGUCCAUCAAGCUAUCCAUACUAUUGAGUAUGUACUUGGAUGCAUUUCACAUACGGCUUCGUACCUUCGAUUGUGGGCCUUGUCUCUUGCACAUGCACGUAGGUUUUUGCCAAGUUGCGUCAACUAA